AUGAUGUACACGAUUGGAUACAAUGAUGGAUCUCGUCAAAAUGCCACAUACCCAGUGGCAAAAAUGGAAGGCGAGGUGUGGUUGAUAUUUAAUGAAAAAUAUACGAUUGGCAAACAUAUCGGAGACGGUGGAUUUGGUUUUGUCUAUGCAGCGCAGCGCGAUAGUGAUCGCAAACCUGUCGCUAUUAAAGUUGUGACAGUCGCAUCUGGAUUGGGUGAAGCUGCGCGUCAAAAUUCGGAAUCUGUUCUCAAUGAAUUUCAAAAGUCCAGAGAACUGUCUAGGUUGACACAUCAAAUAGUUCAUAUGUUUUCUGUUGAUUUCAAUGCUCAAUAUGGACUGGCAUUUCUUGUUAUGGAACUUGGUCAACAAGAUUUCGAAAAAUACCUUCGACAAAAACAGAUACUUUCACCUUUGCAAAGAAAACUACUCUGGAGACAACUGGUAAACAUCGCUUUAAUUCUUCGUCAUUCAAAAAUCGUACACCGAGAUAUUAAACCAGAGAAUCUGAUCGUAUUUCCUGGUGAUCUUAUCAAACUCAGCGAUCUCGGUAUCGCUAAACGAGUUCUACAAAAGACGAGUCCAAUUGGGAGUCCACCUUAUUCGGCGCCUGAAGUAACAUCACCCAUGUCCUCCUACAUGUCACUCACAACAAGAGCAGAUGUUUGGUCGUGGGGUGCCAUACUUUAUCGUAUGACUUACAUGGUUCCACCUGACUAUAAUCUUCUAUCUCGUCCUCCCUCGUUUAAUCAAAACGCAUCGUCUGAUCCUUUACUUUUAGAUGUUCUCCGCCAUACGUUAGUGACGGAUCCUUGGAAAAGAGCUGAUGUGAGAUGGCUUGCUAUACAUCCAUAUACAAAUACACUAUAG